AUGGACGACACAAAGACGGCAAGCGUCGCCGAUGCGAAGGCAGACGAGCUAUGGGCGACCCUCGACAUGCGCAAGCAGGGCCACCUGGACCUCGCAGGCCUGAAGAAGGGCCUGCGCAAACUGGACCAUCCUCUCAAGAACGCGGACGAGCUCCUUGGCGAGGUCAUGAAGGUCGUCGAUACGGACGGCAAUGGUCGCAUAACCUACAAGGAAUUUCGAACCUUUGUCGAGGAAACGGAAAAAGAGCUACUAGCGCUCUUCCGCGGCAUCGAUAACAACGGCGACGGAAAGCUCUCCAAAGACGAGCUUCGAAGUGCGUUGCGACGCGCUGGCCUCGCGGUCCCGAACACCAAGCUCGAUAACUUCUUCUCCGAAGUGGAUACCAACGGGGAUGGACAUAUCAGUUUUGAGGAAUGGCGCGAUUUUUUGCUCUUUAUACCCGUCAAUGCGCCGAACCUCCAAGCCGUCAUGUCAUACUUCAAUGCAACACUAAAAAUCAACGCCGAAGGCGACGUCCUCGUAAGCGACGACACCAUACAAGGAUUAGGUACUUCAAAGCGUUUUCUUCACUUCUUUCUUGGUUCCCUGUUUCUAGUCGCGAAGACGCCACGCUAUGGCUUUCCAUCAGAUCACGCCGUACCGCUAGACAUGGCUUCUGCUCCACAUUCCGCCAUGUCGCAACGACUCCCGCCAUGUUUCGACGAUGGGGAGACUGGCUCUCCUUUCAUCGAGUCGCAGAGGGGGCUAAUCAUGAGCUUCGGAACCAUGCUGAUUGGUUGUGUUCCCAAUCCAGGCUACUUCGUGGCGGGAGGCAUUGCAGGCAUUGUAUCUCGCACAUCGACCGCUCCCCUCGACCGACUGAAGGUGUACCUUAUCGCGCAAACCGCCGUCAAGCAAGAAGUCGUGGCUGCGGCGAAAUCUGGCAAUAUUUUCAAGAGCGCCGUCCGCGCAUGGGAGCCACUCGCCGUGGCCAUGAAGGAGCUAUGGCGGGCCGGCGGCAUGCGUAGUCUCUAUGCUGGAAACGGCUUGAACGUCAUCAAGGUGAUGCCAGAGUCAGCCAUCAAGUUUGGCGCAUACGAGGCAAGUAUCACCAAGAGGCCGCCAAUGCAUCCCUAACAAGAGCAGGCUACCAAGCGCGCAUUUGCCAAAUUUGAAGGCCACAACGACCCAGGGGCCAUCCACUCUUGGUCCAAAUUCGUCUCAGGCGGAGUUGCGGGUAUGGUCUCGCAGUUCGCCGUCUACCCCAUCGAUACCCUGAAAUUGUAAGUCCGCACCAUCCUGGCCAAACGCGCAUACUCAUCGAUUACAGCCGGAUGCAGUGUGAGACGGUCGCUGGUGGACUGCAUGGCAACCGCCUUAUUUGGGCGACAGCCAAGAAGAUGUGGCAGAGUGGAGGUAUUGUCGCCUGUUAUCGCGGACUGCCAAUGGGUCUGUUUGGAAUCUUCCCCUACGCGGCACUCGAUCUUGGGACUUUCGAAUACCUCAAGCGCUAUGUCGCUAGACGCAACGCCAAAAAGCUCGGAUGCCACGAAUCAGACGCCGAACCAGGCGGUUUCAUGACGGCGGCCAUUGGUGGCUUCUCUGGCGCAUUCGGAGCCAGUGCGGUGUACCCGCUCAACGUGCUGCGGACUCGACUGCAGAGCCAAGGAACCGUUCUACACCCCAAGACGUACACGGGCAUCAUGGACGUGACACGGCAGACGCUUCAGGGCGAGGGCGUUCGAGGUCUGUUUAGAGGCCUGACCCCGAAUCUACUCAAGGUUGUUCCCGCCGUGUCCAUUACCUAUGUGGUCUACGACAAGUCGAAGAAGGCGCUCGACUUGCCCUGA